CCUGUCAGAUGCCCCGUCAGGCUCUGCCGAGGGACCCCACCCUCAGGAACCGACAAGCAGCAAUGUAUCUUUGGGGGGAGCAGCCCCCCCGGAGCCCCCCCGUGCGGGAUCACCCUGCGAGAGCAGCAACCUGGCGCUGAACAGCCAAUCGGCCCCCCCACCCGGCCCCGCCGCAGCCAGGCCAAACAUGGAAGGGGCCCCCCUAUCUACCUCUGAUGCCCCCCAGUGGCUCACGGGGGCUGCGGCUGCCCCGAAGGCGGAGAACGGCACCCCCCAGAGGCAGCAGCAGCCAGCAGCCAGAAAUAACACCUUGUUAUCAGCAUUAAUAACAUUCAGUGGUCUGUCAGUAGUUUUCAGAGUCAACACGGCCAAGAGCCACCACCUCAAGCUGCUGCCGUUCCUGGCCUCCUGCAGCCUGUACUUCGCCCUGUGGCUGCCUGAGCCCAGCUGGGUCAGCGCUGGCGUCAAGAGCCUCCCGCUCCUAAGCCUGGUCUGGUUCCUGACAGUCCAGGCCUGGGGUGAUGGCGCCUGGACCCCGGCCGCACGCCGGGUCCGCUGGGGGCUGAUGUUCUCCAGCGUGGGAGACUUCCGCCUGGUCUGGCCCCAACUAUUUAUCCCAGGGAUGGUGGCCUUCGCUCUGGCUCACGUCUGCUACAUCUGGGCCCUGGGCCUGCGUCCCACCCGCCCCUGGCUCCUGCUGCUGCUGGCGCUGGCCUGGGCUGGGGCCUACGUGACGCUGUGGCCCUGCCUAGGGGGCCCCUACUUGCCGGCCGUGGGGGGCUACGGGGCGCUGCUGGCGGCCAUGGCCUGGCGGGCCCUGGCCCGGCCUCCCCCCCACCUGACCGUGGCCACCGGCUCCCUGCUCUUCGUGGCCUCCGACCUGGUCCUGGCCUGGGACCACUUCUGCGCCCCGGUGCCCCAGGCCCGGCUCAUUGUCAUGGGCACCUACUACGCGGCCCAGGGGCUGAUCGCAGCCUGGGCCCCCCGCACCGGCCCCCCCUGGAAGGAGACCUGA